ACUAAUUAAAUAUUUACGUUCCGGGUCCAAGUUAUGAAAACCAACACUUUAAUAUUUCAGUCCUGAAUCAAGAGACUCCCCCGCGCGCUCCGGUCCCUGUGACGUCACUGCACUGCGCCAGAGCAACAAAACAACCCCCCCCCCAAAACACCGAUCAGACCUGAUCCGGGAUCAACAACCGGUACCGGUCCGUGAGUUCUGUCUGAAAGAAGAAAUGGACUCGGCCCUGACGGUCCCGCAGAGUUUCUAACCGCCGGACCGGAUCACCGAGUUCACCGAGAGAGUCCGCCACAGAGAUCCCGGCUGCUCUGACCUCAGACCUCCACCAUGAGCUCCAGGGUGUGCAGGACCUGCGGGGGGUCCGAUAUAGACGUGGAUCAGGCCCGGGGCAGCGCUGUAUGUACCAGCUGCGGUUCUGUUCUGGAGGACAACAUCAUCGUCUCCGAGGUCCAGUUUGUGGAGGGGAGCGGGGGAGUUUCCUCUGCGGUGGGACAGUUCGUCUCCGCUGACGGUCCAGUUAAAGCUCCUCUUCUUGGUUCUGGGUUUCACACCAGUGUUGGGAAAGAGUCCAGAGCCCAGACCCUCCAGGGCGGUAAGCGUCAGAUCCAGCAGCUGGGCAGCCAGCUGCAGCUGAACCAGCACUGUUUGGACACGGCCUUCAAUUUCUUCAAGAUGGUGGUGAGUAAACACCUGACGCGAGGACGCAAGACGGAGCACGUCAUCGCGGCGUGCCUCUACCUAGUGUGCCGCACAGAGGGGACGCCACACAUGUUGCUGGACCUGAGUGACCUACUGCAGGUGAACGUUUACAUCCUGGGGAAAACCUUCCUGCUGCUGGCUCGUGAGCUCUGCAUCAACGCUCCCGCCAUCGACCCGUGCCUGUACAUCCCUCGGUUUGCUCACAUGUUGGAGUUUGGGAUGAAGACUCAUGAGGUUUCCAUGACGGCUCUUCGUCUCCUUCAGAGGAUGAAGAGGGACUGGAUGCACACGGGACGCCGACCUUCCGGACUCUGUGGAGCAGCGCUCCUGGUAGCAGCUCGGAUGCAUAAGUUUCGCCGUACGGUGAAGGACGUGAUCAGCGUGGUUAAAGUCUGCCAGACAACUCUGAGGAAGAGAUUAACAGAGUUUGAGGACACGCCCACCAGUCAGCUGACCAUCGACGAGUUCAUGAGAGUAGAUCUGGAGCAGGAAUGUGAUCCACCCUCCUUCAUCGCUGCACAGCACAAAGCCAAGAUGCAGCAGCUGGAACAGGAGCUGGCCAGGAAGCUGGAUGACGUCGAAGGAGAGAUCAGCAGUUACAAAGACGAAAUUGAGAUCGAGCUGGAGAAGAGCCGACCCAAGUUGAGAGGAAUCUACGCCGCCUACGCCAAAGAAAUCGAUCCCGAGGACGCGGAGGUCUUGUCCUCAACCUCUGAACCCGAGGAGCCGGAGGUCGAAGACGACGAGCUCCAAGCCGCUGCCCAACACCUGACUCAGGACUUCCUGUGUCAGGUGAUUCAGGAGGAGGGGGGCCGUGGCAAGAACACAGAUGGAGGCGAGCUGGAGGGGGGACCAGAGAAGGAGGGGGCUCAGCGUCAGGCCGCCCCUCUGGCCGCCAUCCUAGGAAAGCUGCCGAGCUCCUCCUGCCUGGGCCUCCAGCAGACCUUAGACGAGUCAGAGGCAGGCGAGAAACCGGACGACGAGCAGGCGGAGGGUGGAGAGCUGGACCUGGACGGUAUCGACGAUCAAGAGAUUGAAAAGUACAUCCUGAACGAUAAGGAGGUCCAGGUGAAGACGGAGCUGUGGAUCAAACAGAACGCAGAAUACCUGAAGGAGCAGAAAGAGAAAGAAGAGAGGAUACAGAAAGAGAAAGAACAAGGGACGUAUAAAGAGAAGCCGAAGAAGUCCAAGAAGAAGAAGGAGCAGAUCGCGGCGUCGACGGCGAGCGAGGCAAUCGAGAGGAUGUUGGAGAAGAAAAAGAUCUCCAGUAAGAUCAACUACGACGUCCUCAGAGACCUAAACAGCAGAGGGACAGGAAGUGGGGGGGGCAGCAGUCCCAGCAGAGCCUCCGACGACCCCCCCGACACCAACGCCGGCGCUAGGAAACGACUCAACCGCCGACGCCGCAGGAAGCCCAGCGAUGCUAACCGCGACCUUGCUGCUAACGCUAGCAUCAUGGGGAAGAGGGUCCGCCUCCUCAUAUCUUCCACACCAAAGAAGAAAACAGCCAUCAAGAUCCUCAGAGAGUUCUUUGCCAUGAGGUUCGCCCCCUGCUGGCUGCAGCCGGAGAUUCCUGCUUGA